AUGACAGUGAAUACAGCUUCAUUCAGCCGAGAGCAAGUUGUCGCUUCAUAUAUUAAUGUCUACUUUCCCGAUGACAUCACGGGAACUCUCGAUCUCGAUCCUUGGUAUACUCUGCUGUCCGGAAUAUCCGCGAUACCAAAUAAGCCCGUGAUGCUCGAGAAAGCUAUGGCGGCGACGUCUUGUAUCUAUCUUGGCAAGCUCAACAAGGACACUCGCAUGCUUAAUCAUGGACUUCAGCUAUAUAAUGGUGCGAUACACCACGUAUCACGGGAGCUUAGCCGCAACAGGUACACCGAUGAGCUUUUCUUUACAAUUGGCAUUUUUCAAAUCCUGGUGGCGAUGUAUUGUCCCCAUGGUCUUGAUGUAAUGGUACAUCAAACAGCAGUGACCAACGGGAUCUUCAAGCAUAUUUUAUCACAUUCAACUAACAGCCCCAUCAUCAAAACUCUAUGUCUGGCAUUUCAGCGAAUGCGACUGUUAACAUCACUUUCACCAAUUGAAGCAAAUAAUGUAGUAGACUUGGCUAGAGAGCAUACUCCGGCGGCUUUGAUUUCCAACGAAAAUGCGGCUGUUGAUGAAUUGUUUCAACUCAUGGCCGACAUUUCACCAAUAGCAGCUGCAGUCAGUAUGACCGAUGUUUCCGAUAAUGCGGCCUGCCACCUAUCGCUCUAUGACUGCCUUGCACACAGAGAAAAGCUGUUAUCAUGGUAUUCGCGCAUGAAGGUCCGUAUUGGUGGCGGUCCUUACGUCGGCGAGAGCAGUGAUUUUCCGUGCAAAAACAUAUCGUCAUCGGAACAUUUAUUCGGUCGCCCCUAUGGCUUCUCCUCUUUGGAUUACGAGGUCAGUCGAGCCAUGCCCUAUUGCGUGCAGGACAGCAUGAAGGCGUGGGGCAUCAACGUUACGAUUUUCGGCAUGGGUCAAAUCGCCAAGGUUUACAUGGAACUCAGACGUGAAGAGAAAUUUAUCUGGAGCCAAAAGCUCUUCAAACAUGUGGGCGACAUGGGAUCCGACCUCGGUUAUCGUUUUGGCGAACUUCUGCAGUUUGGAUGGAGUCUUUUGGAGCAAUCCGACUCCAACGAGCGCCCUGGAUUGUCGCCAGUGCCCACGAGUCCAUCUAACGCAUCUAGUGGCGCAUCUGCUGCGUCUCCGGUAUCCCCCGCGUCUAGUAGUACAUCAACUGCAUCCACCGCGCCCUUCGUCGCGGAAUAUGUACCCAUGCAUGAGACCAUAGAUAUGCCAACGCGAUCAAGGUGGGAGCCAGGCCAGUGA